AUGGCUCGUUGCAGUAACAGCCUCGUAGGAAUACUAAACUUCCUCGUCUUCCUCCUCUCGAUUCCGAUUCUCGCCGGAGGAAUCUGGCUCAGCCUUAAUGCCACGACGCAGUGCGAGAGAUUCCUCGACAAACCAAUGAUCGCUCUCGGCGUUUUCCUCAUGAUUGUAGCGAUCGCAGGAGUCGUCGGAUCUUGCUGCAGAGUGACGUGGCUCCUCUGGUUCUACCUCUUCGUGAUGUUCUUCUUGAUCCUCAUCGUCCUCUGUUUCACCAUCUUCGCGUUCGUCGUCACUAGUAAAGGCUCCGGCGAAACUAUCCCUGGAAAGGCUUAUAAGGAGUAUAGGCUCGAGGCUUACUCCGAUUGGUUGCAGAAGCAUGUGAACAACGGUAAGCAUUGGAACAACAUUAGAAGCUGUCUUUACGAGAACAAGUUCUGUGCUCGCUUGGAGUUUUUCUCGGGACGUGUCCCUGUUUCUGCCUUCUAUAAAAAGGAUCUCACUGCUCUUGAGUCUGGUUGCUGCAAGCCCUCUAAUGACUGUAACUUCAUCUACAUAAGCCCAACGACAUGGAACAAAACAGGAGGAACACAUAAAAACCCAGAUUGCCAACUUUGGGACAGCGACAUCGAUAAGCUCUGCUACAAUUGCCAAGCCUGCAAGGCUGGUUUUCUCAACAACCUCAAGAGCUCAUGGAAAAGAGUUGCUAUUGUCAACAUCAUCUUCCUUGUUAUCCUCAUUAUCGUCUACGCUAUAGGAUGUUGCGCCGUCAAGAACAACAAGAGAGAAGACAAUUAUGCCCGUUCCAAUGGAAUCUAG